AUGGCACCGUUCCCCCAGCCUUGCCUGGACUCUGCCCCCUCUCCCUCUCCUCCACCCUGGCUAGAAUUCUGUCACAGCCCUCCCACCUACUCCUGGGACCUGUCCGGCGCACGCGUCUCCCCUGACUGCUCCCUGAGGCUCUCGGGUCCACUCCCCCGCGACGCUUGGCACACCCCACCCCCUUCCGCAAAGUCACUCCAACCCCAGCUACGCUGUGCGUGCGAAAGUCUCCAGGCCGGGCCUGGGCCUGUUUGCGCCUUCCUGCUGUCUCAGCUGUGUGGGACAGGCAUGUCAUUCGCUGUCCCAGCUGCUGUACAGUGCCAGGCAGAGUCCAUAAUGCCUGAAGUCCGAGACCUUUCAGAUGCCUUGCCAGACGUGCCAAUGGAUCCUAUCACAGGCGUUGGGGUGGUUGCAUCUCGGAACCGGGCACCUACAGGUUACGACGUAGUUGCACAAACAGCAGAUGGCUUGGAUGCUGACCUCUGGAAAGAUGGCUUAUUUAAAUCCAAGGUCACAAGAUACCUGUGCUUCACAAGAUCGUUUUCGAAAGAAAAUAGCCAUUUAGGCAACGUCCUGGUUGACAUGAAACUAAUUGAUAUCAAGGACACGCUUCCUGUGGGCUUCAUCCCCAUCCAGGAGACAGUCGAUACACAAGAAAUAGCUUUCAGAAAGAAGAGGCUCUGCAUCAAAUUCAUCCCUCGAGAUUCUACGGAGGCUGCUAUUUGUGAUAUCCGAAUCCUGGGCAGAUCUAAGCAGGCCCCUCCACAGUACACAUUCAUAGGGGAACUUAACAAUAUGGGUAUUUGGUACCGAAUGGGCAGGGUUCCACGAAACCAUGACUCCUCGCAACCCGGGACACCUUCUUCCCAAGUACCAGCUUCAACACCAGCUCCUAACCUGCCGAGGCACAUAUCUCUGACGCUUCCCGCGAGCUUUCGAGGCAAAAGUAACAACUCCCGACUCGACUUUGAACACCAGCACUCAAAUUUAUAUGCCAUAUCAGCCAUGGAUGGAGUGCCUUUUAUGAUCUCAGAUAAGUUUGCCUGCGCUCCUGAAAGGAUACAGCAAGUUGAUCUCUUGGGCAUCACAAUCAAAUCCCUGGCAGAAAUCGAAAAGGAGUAUGACUACAGCUUCAGGACAGAGCAAAGUGCUGCUGCCCGACUGCCCCCCAGCCCCACUAGAUGUCAGCAGAUGCCACAGUCCUGA